ACAACUAAACAGAACUGUAUUGGUGCAAUUGACGGUACACAUGUUGAUGCCCGAAUACCCAACCAUGAGAAGGUAGCAUACAUCGGUCGUAGUGGUGCAACAACGCAAAAUGUCAUGGUUGUAUGCGACUUCAACAUGUGUUUUACUUUUGUGGUUGCGGGAUGGGAAGGGAGUGCACGUGAUAGUCAGAUUUUCUCCUUUGCCACGAGGAAUAGAUCGAAGUGUUUCUCUAACCCCCUAUCAGGAAAAUAUUAUCUGGUUGAUGCAGGAUAUCCUAUGCAAAGGGGAUACCUGAAGCCCUACUCUGACACGAGAUAUCAUCUUCCUGAUUUUGAGCGAGUUAGUGACACAGUUCGUGGCAGAAAGGAAAUGUUUAAGAAAUGCCACUCAUCUUUACGCGGGGUAAUUGAAAAAACAUUUGGAGUUUGGAAGAAGAAGUGGGUCAUCUUACGUGAUAUGUCAUCGUAUCCUUUCCAAAAGCUGGUGUACAUUGUGUUUGCAACAAUGACACUACAUAACUUCAUCCGAAGACAUUCCUCGUAA